GUGGAAACUGAUGAUUUGUCUCCCAGCUGCCAGACAUUAGAAAUGUCAGGUGCAACUGAGAUUACUAUAAUCAAUGAAACAUCAAAGGACCGCCAACCUCAAGAGAAUUGCUCUUCUUCGGUGGAUAAUCUACAAGGAAAAGCUGGCAAAAUAGAUUACCUUAAGGAAUACAAGCAGAAAUAUGGCAUUAAAGAAUCAUCACCAAUCAAAAAUAUUGAAUCAAAAAGGGAGCAAGUUGUUACUUACAAUUUGAACACGGAAGACUUGAUAACAAAGUAUUUAAGAGACAAAUCAAGGAAUGCUCAAUUUGCACAAAGUGGCUUUCAAACUGGUGAUUAUCCUCUGACACAGACACAACUUGAUUUAUUUCACAGUCCAGACAACAAGAACUAUAUCAUGCCAAAUGAGGACAAAGAUGUUGAAGGAAUUGUAGAUGGCACAAGGAAAUCAAAACAUAUCAUGAAUGAAAGUUCAAAAAUUAGUCAGUAUUCUGGUAGAAUACCUAUUUCGCUUUCAGAGUCUUCGUUAAGCCUAGUGGCUAAUGUGAAAGUGGGUGAGAAUACAAGCCAACAGAAUAGGCCCAGUCCCACAGUAAGUGACAACCAAGACGGGAGUCCUUCAACACUGUCAGUCGCUACAGCAAAACGACAGCUCUUUGCUCAGCAGGGGAAAUGUAAUAGUUAUGAUUUAGUGGAUAAUGUUAGUGAGGGAGUUUCUAAGAGUUUACCGCCAACACCUGAGAAAUGGCCUCGUGGUUUUGAUAACGAUUUAGUGGAGGCAUCCUCAACCAGGUCAUCUCUCAGUAAGUCAAAUUCUGAACCUGAAAGGCUUGUCCCUUGGAAGACUAAAUUUCACAUUCCAAGUUUUGAGGAGUUCAAACUGAGAAGAAAAUAUGGAGGCUCUGUACCUAAUAUUGCUGGUAUUGUACCUGACCAUUGCUCAAAUGAUGAAAUGGUAUUUCCUUCUUCAUUUUCCAUGACAACAUCAAGUUCUACAUUUGAUCUAAAGAGUUGCGCAAAAGACAGACAAGAUGCAGACACAUUCCUUUUAAAAGGGUCUAGACCCCAUGGAGACCACUCUGAUAGCUUAAGACCCGAGUCUCCAACUCUAUUUGGGCAAACUUACACUUUAAACAGUCCAUCAAUGGAUCUUGGUGUUAAAUCUUACUUGAGAACAUCUCCACGCAAUGCAGCUGUCUCACCUAGCACAUCUGACAAUACUGCUUCACCCCAGUCAUCAUGGGAAAUUCAUGUGCAAGCCCUUAACCCUACUGUUCCAAAGAUAAUGACAAAGACUGGACAGUCGGUGGAAAGAGGUCACUGUAAUUCCCCCAGGGGAUACAAGUCAAUGCAGAAAUUAUUUGGACAGGAGUCCCAACACCAUAGGUCAAAAUCACUGGAUGAUCAGGACAGCCAUUUGUCAAAAACCAAAAUCCCUUCAUCAUUAAAAGAAAUUGAAGAUGCUCUGCAUGAUGCAGACAUACAAAAAGAAAAGCUCCGACGCUGUAAAUCUGAUAAAAGUUGCCAAAGCAGCCCCAGGGUGACAUUCUCUGAUGAGAUUGUAACUGAGCCUCAUCGAAGAAGAAAGAGCAAGUCAGACCUGGGGAAUGUGGCUCAUCUCCUAGAACAGGCUGGUAAACAUGACAAUGACAACAUUGAUAAAGUGAAACACAGAAAACAUUCCAGGAAAUCUCAAAGUCAGGAUGAUGAUAUCCUCACCCUGGUGGAAGCAUCAGAUAGGGAGAGUACCCCGAAAGAUUCCUCCAAACGUACAUCGAAAAAACAUCGAGGGAAAAGUAAAUCUGAUUUAGGAACAGUAACAGAUGUUGUGAAAGUCGUCCAGCACCAACAGUUAGAAGAACAAAUGUAUGUGCCAAGUAGUAGUAGUAGUAGCAGACAGAAACCAAAAAGACAUGUUAAAGAAGAAUAUGAGAAAUAUCUCAGAAAAUAUCAAAUGGACAAUGACUGUGAGCCAUUUAUAAAUAGGAGAAAUGAUUCCGUAUCACACCAUCCACAGCCAGCUUUCUCUCGUGCCAAGUCUGACAAUCAAAUAAAAAAGAUUAGGUCAAUAAGUAAAGACGAUAGUGAAAUUCCCCUUUCUUAUGAUAAUGAUGAGAAGAAAAAUGAGACAAGAAAAGGUUCAGAAAAGAAAAAGAAAGGAAAGUCUAAACCACCUCCUAGACCACAUUCCAGUUUAGGACUGAGUUCUGGGGAUGCCACGUUCUUGCCGAGUUCUGUCAGUGAGGAAGGAAAGGAUAUGAAAUGUACUGCCAAAAAGGACCAAGAACAAGGCAGUGCUCCUAUCAAACAGAACCUGUAUACCAAGAAAAAAGAUUAUAAAGUGAGUAUUGAGCCUGAUCUUGAUAGCUGCAUGGCAAUAACUUCUACUGAUUAUAGACUAGACAUGUUACCUAGAGACAAUAGCAUGUUCCCUUCUAGUCCCAGACACCAGAUGGCGCCUGUAGACUUUUCAGUUUCCCAGCACCAGAGACUGGGGGACGUAGAAAUGUUAGACUUAGAUCUAUCUAGUUUAGAAUCCGACUUGGAAUGUUCUGAACAUACCUUGCCUGAUGUGCCCAGUAGUUCUAGAAGUCUAGGAGAACUUGAUGAUGUCAGUUUUGAGGACUAUGGACUUGAGCAACCUGAGAGAAAGGAAGAAGUAGCAGGUACAAGUAUGGCUAGAGAUCUGAAGGAAGAAAUCAGCUCAGCGGAGAACUCUCCAAGACCUGAGAUGACCACCAGUCCCAGGUUCAAUAACUAUGUAGAGGCCCUCCAGUCUGGAUACACUGCACCCAGGUCUGAGGAUCUAUUCACCAAGUACAGCAAGAGGUUCAAACGACUGGAACAGACUGAACUUAGUCAGAUUUCAGUCACAAGAUCAACAUCAGAUGUUUCAGACAUCAAAGAAGAGAAGAAAAGGAAAAAAGACAAGAAACUAAGGCACAACAAAAGUGAUCCAUUUGAUGAAGUGGCUUUAGAAAGACAGAAUUCUCAGAAAGAACAAAGAUUGAAAGCAAGAGAAACCAGAGGUUCUAAGAAGAUGUCACUAAAAGCUCAAGAUGUCAGCAAAAGAAAACUGUCAUCAGCAACAUCGAAGGAAGAAAUCCUCAGUUUUCUGCAGGAGGUCCAAACUGGUUCGUUUAAAACAUUAGAAGAGAGCUCAAGUCUUCAGAGUCUGGAGGAGAUUUAUGAGGAUGACACAAGCUCAGAGGCAUGCACUAGAGGUAGGCACGAGCCAAGCAGGCAAAAGAACCGCCUCAGCAUCGUAAGCAUGACUAGUGUGGACAGCGGGGUUACUGAGGGGGUGCAGGACUCUGCAGACACAGCCAAGGAUACCCCAAAGGGAGCAGAAGUGGAGAGGGUGGACAGUGGGGUUGGAUCUGAGACCAAAGCAGGAAUGAAAAAGAAAAGCAAGGGCCCAGUCUGUGAGGAUUGCAACAAAACCAUCAGUGUGUUGGACCUGGAGGAUUGUGUGGAAACACUGUGCACGAAGUGUCAUUCACGUAGAGUGGAGAGGAAGGAAACCAUUCAGGAGCUGGUAGACACAGAACUCAGCUAUGGCAGAGAUCUGCGCAUCAUCAAAGAGGAAUUUAUGUCUCCAAUGAAAACGGCAUCUUUGCUGACUCCUGAACAGUUAGACACCAUCUUCAUCAAUCUGGAAGAAUUGAUUGACAUCAAUGACAAAUUUGCAGACAAACUGCAGGAUCUCGUUGAAUUGGCCAAUGAACAGGGAGAUGAGGACUAUGUCACAGUAUAUAUAGGUCAACUUUUCCUGGAAUCCUCCAACAUGUUCCUGGCUUUUGAGAACUACUGUGUGAAACAGGUAGGACAAGGGAGAAAUAUAUGGAAUAUUAUUGAUAGCCUGGAUUAGCUUCCAAGUAGAAAAAAUUGCUGCAAAGACUGUAUACAUUUGUAAAUACAAACACCUAAAUCUUGUACU